CUGUACGCGUCGGUUCAUGUAAACGCCACCUGUGGAAUUAUAGCGCGCUGCCAGAAGAAGCAACGCGAUCCGCUCGAUUUACGCAGUCGGUUUGUACUUUUAUCGUUGUGAUCGGCACCGAUCGCGCGCGGGCUCAUCGGCGAGAUCGACUGCACACGCGUGACCGUGGAACACAGUUCGUUUGCGAUUCGCGCGAGUUACGAACAACGCCGUCGCGACGGUCCGGUAGUUACGCGUCCGCGCGCAUUUCAACGCCGAUUCGCCAUCUUCUGUUCGGACGCUGUACGGACGUCGUGUAUGAGGAGUCUUCACCAGAUGAGGAAGAAACAAUAUCAACCAUUAAUCCAGGACCUUCUGUACGCCCUGCAUCACCAGAAUCAAAAUGUUCAGUUUGUCUUGAUGAAUUAACCAAUCCUAGUCAUAGUGAUCAAUGUUUACAUUUAUUCUGUUUUGAAUGCUUACUACGAUGGUCACGUAAAAAACAAUUUUGUCCACUAUGUAAAGAAGGUUUCACUUAUAUUUAUCAUACUUUUGAAGAUAUGGGCGGCCAUGAAGUAUAUGAUGUUUCUAUAAUAUCAUCUGAUGAAUCCAGCUCAGAUGAUGACAGUGAUGAAAAUUAUGAAACGAGAUUGUCUCCUGCGCUGGAGGAUAGCAUACCUUAUCCACCAAUUUUUGGUGAAGCAAGGAGAAUGCAAAUUUAUUCUAACAAUUUGUGGGCUAGCCCAUUACAAGAUACAAUUGGCCGUAUUAGAGAAUGUAGCCUAAAUUUCUAUAGAAAUAAUCCAUUACAGCUGCAUAGACUGCAUUUAUUCAUCCUUAGAGAUAUUAGUGCCAUAAGGAAAUGUCUAAGAUUAGAGAAUCGGGCCAGGCUUAUCUUGGGGGAAACUAAUAUGACUGUGGCAAGUUCUGUAAUGGAAUCACUUUUAAAUUGUGAAAUAAGACAAUUACAUAUGCUUUUCCGCUUAAGGCAUUUUCUGGAUGUGUACACAAGACAUUUUUGCCAUGAGUUGUACAAUUUUGCUAGUAGUCCAUUUGACAUAAUGGAAUAUGAUCGCAAUGUACUUUAUACUUAUCGUCCAUCUUAUUCUGAAUCGACCGAACCAUUGUCAAUUGAAACUAUUGUACUGAAUUCAGAUGAUGAAGAAGUUCAAAGGCCAAUGAUAACUACCAAUGUUAGUUCUAUCACCAAUGACUCUGAUAAUGUAAUUCACUCCUGUUUUAAUCCUGCCUCCAUAGACCAACCAUCUACAUCUACUGGAAUUCGAGAUUCGUUAAAUCAACCAAACAAUAGUAACAAUGACUCUGAUGUUGUAAUUAUAAAACACAUCAUCCGUCCUAUCAAACCACUUAAUUCUGCCGCUGUUGACCAACCAUCUACAUCUACUGGAAUUCGAGAUUCAUUAAAUCAACCGAACAAUAGAAGAAAGAAGCGCAAUUUAUGUUCUUCAUCGGAUGAUGAAGAUUCAAUAGUUGUUACUCGUGGUUCUAAAACUGCUUAUAUAAAAUCUCGGAAUAUUAAUAACAACAAAAAUAAAAAAAAAAAAAUCAACACCAAAAUCUCCAGUAACAAUAGAAAUCGCUCAUCUUCAGAAUCAUCUUCAACUUCGGGAGAAACAGAUACCAAUUAACAGCUAUUCUACUAAUAUAGUACUAUGAACAAUGAACUAGUAUUAAUUUUUCAAAAGUAAUGUGUUAAUUCUGUUUUAGUAUAAUUAAAUAAAAUUGUAAUACUAUAAGUAGAUUUAUGAGCAAAAAAUUAAUAUCAUGUAAUUUUUUAAUUUACUUAACUAAAAUGUUAGGGAUAUAUUAUAUAUCAUUAUAUUUAUAUUAUGUGCAUUAUUGUUAUCAUAGUAGAUAUAAAUAGAUUAUAAUUUCAAAUCUAAAUAAACAAUUUAUUAUUUUAUUUUAUUUUUUCUAAUUAAAAUAGAAGCUUAAGUUUGUGUGUUUUGUGC